CCGCUGGAGGCAAAAUCGAAUUUGCGCAAAAGAAGAGGAAGAAGAAAGCAAGUAUAGAGCAAGAAGCCGAGAACAAAACAUGCCUGGCGCUGUAGCGGUGGUAGCAAGUUCACCGGUUUUCAUGCCAUCUCCCAGACCCAGACUCUCUCCUAUCUUCUGCAAGGCCACCUCCUCUUCACCAUCUCCCUCGCCGUCGUCUCCAUCACCCUUGUCUCCCUUCACCCUCCGACUUCAGAAACAAGCGACCAACCUGUUUAAUUACAGUAGUACUAAUAGAUAUGGAAAUACAAAUAUCAGUAAGAGCGAGGCGGCAGUCUGUUCCACGUCAUCGGCGUCGACGACGACUUUUUUGAAGAGGAAACGGCCUGGCAGGAUUGAUAUUCCUAAUGAACCAUUGAGGUUUGAUUCGACACCCGGGGAUGGAGAGAGGAUCGAUGAGGUGGAGGCCGAAGGAGAAGGAUACGCUGUUUAUUGCAAAAGAGGGAAAAGGCGUGCCCCUAUGGAGGAUCGCCACUCUGCCGCUUCUGGAGUCCUAGGAGACCCUAAGCAGGCUAUCUUUGGAGUAUUUGAUGGGCAUGGAGGAGCAAAAGCUGCAGAAUUUGCAGCUAAGAAUUUAAACAAGAAUAUCAUGAAUGAAGUGGCUAGGAGAAGUGGAGAAUGCAUUGAAGUGGCUAUUAGUGAGGGGUAUCUCACUACAGAUGCAGAAUGUUUGAAAGAAGAUAUCAGUGGGGGGACUUGCUGCGUGACAGCAUUGAUACAGCAAGGCAAUCUUGUGGUAUCAAACGCUGGAGACUGUCGUGCUGUUUUGAGCCGGGGCGGAGUUGCAGAGGCAUUGACAGUUGAUCACAGGCCUUCCAGGCAGGACGAAAGAGAGAGAAUUGAGGGCCUGGGUGGCUAUGUGGAUUGUUGCCAUGGUGUUUGGAGAAUACAGGGAUCUCUUGCUGUAUCAAGAGGACUCGGUGAUCGCCAUCUUAAACCGUGGGUGAUACCAAAACCAGAUACUAAGAUCGUAAAGAUCAGACCGGAAUGCGAAUUUCUAAUCAUGGCCUCUGAUGGCCUUUGGGACAAGGUUAGCAACCAAGAGGCUGUAGAUGUAGUUCGACCUCUAUGUAUGAAUGUUGACAAUUCAGAUCGACAUGCUGCUUGCAGAAAGCUUGUCGAUUUGUCAGUGGAGAGAGGCUCUACGGAUGACAUCAGUGUCAUGUUGAUUCAGUUAGGUCAUUUUAUUCCAUCAGUUAUGCAAGGGGCCGAAGUGAUUUGAGUAUAGAAACUGCAAGGUGAUUAAGCACAUGGGUGAGAUCAAGCGGUGCGCCACCAUGGGAACCAUUGAGGUCUGGAAUUAGUACAUUGACAACGAUGGUCAUACCGUGUAUAUACUGCACAUUUGGAUUUCCACCAUUGUUUUUAUACUCCAUUGCAAGUAAAUGAAGCUAUGCAACUGUACACAAAUUCCAAAUUUUAUAGUACAUACAGUCGGAGAAGAGAAAUUUGCCUCUUCUUCAGUUGGUCAUUUGACUUUUUUGGUUUCUGUAGUUGUCCGCUAAGAUAAAUGUGCUAUCAGUUGAUUCUUUUUCC